AUGGAGACCCCGCACGUAGAUAGGAUGAAAGACUACGAGUUCACACCCAUAGGGUAUGUGGAUGAGCGAAGAAGGCGUGGUAGUGAUCCUUCGGAAAAAGGACUUAAAAGAUCACUUGAGCCAGCUACUGAGGAAAGGUUGACUGAGAAUAAGCGCUUGCGUAAUCCAAGUUUUGCUGAUGAAACUUUUAAUUCAACAAGGUUGUUUAAUGAUACCUCUUUUGAUGAAACCAUACCGGAGGCUAUUGUUCAAGAGCGCAGACCAAAUACGAGAAAAACGCUCUCUGGAGAUUUACUAAUGAAAGAUGACGAAGCGAGUGAUAAACUCACCUCAAAUCCCUUAAAAGAAACCGAGAGUAGCUUGAAGAAGUUGCAGUUGGAAAACUAUAAUUUGAGGAUCAAAUGUACAAGCUUGCUUAAAUUUUUGAAUAAUAUAUCCGAUGACGGUAAAAUUAUGAAGAAUUUAGAAAUCUUGGACGAACUUCACGAUCUAAAGUUCAGGCACCAACAACUGACACAGGAAUAUAGAGAACUUCAGAAAAAAUACGACGCUCUUGAAGAUCAAAAUGAGAAUCGUGAACAUCAGGAGAAUGACGAAGAGCUAAUAGAUUUAAAGGAGACAAAUAAAAGAUUACAAGAAGAACUAAAUUCUUCUAAACAAGAGCUUGAAGAUACAUUAGAAACCUUGCAUCAGUCAAAAGACAAGAUAGCCUCUUUGGAGGAGAAAAUAUCAAGAUUGAACUCCGAAAGGAGUGAAAUUGAAAACCAGCAUAAAAUGAAAGUUGAUUUACUUCAAAGUAAGAUCAACGAGGUAACAACCUCUCUUAAUUUGAAAGAAAGAGAGUGCGAUCAUUUAAAUGAAAAAGUAUCUACUUUAGUUGCUCAGCUUCAGGAAUUCGACCAUCAAAGUGGCAGUCUUUUAGAUUUACAGUCGACUAUGGAUUCUAAAAAUGAAGCAAUAAGAAAUCUUGAAUCACAGUUACAAAGGAACGAACGCCAAAGACAAUCUCUAGAAAAAGAAGUCAAUCUUCUUCAAGAUGAGCUAAACUCCUUGAGAGAAACUCAGAAUAGAAUCAUUGAGCACAAAGAUAAACAAAUUAAGCAGUUAACGGAGAGUGUCUCAUCAAAUGAUUCCGAAAGGCUGAGACAGAUCAAUGAACUAUCUUCGGAAAGAGAUAGCUUGCUGGAAGCAAACAGAAGACUUCAAUUUUCGGAAAAUGACCUCAAAGAGUCAGUAAAAUCGCUUCAAUCGCAAUUAAGUUCAUGUCAAGAAGAACUAAAAAAUCUUCAGGACAAACACAGACAAAAAGUGGAUGAACUACUGAAAAGCAAGGCAAAAUACACAUCAGAUGAGAUGGAAUCUUUAAGACAAGAACUUCUCGAAAUGAGAAAAAACAAUGACCUUUUAAAAAAUGAAAACAAUUCAUUGUCUAGCAGAUUAGAUAAUUUGAUUCGUCAAUCUCCUUCGAGAAAGUCUGUAGAGGUAGAACUUCUCAAAAAGAACAACGAAAUUAGGGCUCUUCACUCUUCUAUUAAAGAUUUGGAACAAGAGCUUGGUAAUGCAACAACCACUAUAUCCAAUUUAAAAGAUAAUCACAGAAGAGAAAUUGAGAGGAUACGAAGAGAAGCAGAUGUUGCUACUAAAGCUACCAUUACCGGUACAUCACCUGUAAAUAAUGUAACCAUGAGCGAUCAUGAAGAAAGGGCAAAGCUGCAAAAUAAAAUCAGUAUGUUGCAAAUGGAGUAUGAAUCAAUCAAGGAUACGAAGGAAAAAGAGUUAGCCAUGUGGAAGCGGAAAUAUGAAACAAUUCAACGCACUAAUGAAGAACUCCUUCAGGAAAAAGAAGGUCAGAACCGCUAUCUGUCUGGUGCCUUAAGAGAAAAAGACAAAGAAAUUUCAGAAUUACAAUCAAGGUAUAACAACAUACUAGCAGAGAGAACUUCAAUGUUGAAUGACCUUUCUAAAGUAAAGCAUCAUAAGGAAGACUAUAAAAUCCAAUUGAAAAAGACUCAAUCGAGGUUAGAAUAUAUAACAAAAGAAUUUGUUAAACUCAAGGAAACCUCUAAAACAGCACCCAUCUCAGAUGAAUCAAAAGAACUACUAAAUAGCAAGUGGUUUACCAAAUACCAGACAAUGAAGGGAAAGUUUUUGGAUGAAUUAAAGAGCUUACAAGAUGAGAACCUUGAGUUACAGAAGACUCUUUUGAAACAAAAGAAUGACUCUAAUACGAAGGCAAGUGGAAAUGUUGGCUCGUACGAUAAUGCAAGCAGUACGGGUACUUUACAGGAUGAAAUUGAUUAUUACCGGUUGAAGUAUACAAUUGCAAUUAAAAAACAAAAUGACUUACGAGUCAUGAACGAGUAUCUGAAUAAAGUGUUAAAAGCAAGUUCACAACACGUAAAGCUAGAUAUUCUGAAACUAGAAAACGAGGUUCCCAACUACAAUCCAUAUGCCGACAUCUCAUUUUAUAACUUGCCAAUUCCUAGGACCAGAAAAAGAAGGCUCAGAUUCAAGACUGUCGCACUUCUCGUGUUAUCCUGUGUAAGAAUGAAGAGUGCUAUGAAUGCAGUCACGUGGGACAAACAACGCUUAGAAUAUUUGAAAAGAAAGAUUAUUAUGAGCCAAGAUAGAAUAUCAUGGUAG